AUGCACUACCCCAACACACCCUCCAGCUCUGGCUCUGGCUCCGGUUCCAGUCACAGGUCUCGUGUUCCCCAGGCUCCGAAUGCGCCUUACAUGAACCCCCGCGACCUGCCUCCGUCUCCCCAGACGCCGUCCACCGUCCUCUCCGGCCGAGGCCUGCCGCCCUCCACGCCGUACAUGCACUCGGUCGGCCUCCCGACUCCGCCGGCGCAAUAUGUCUCCCAUGGGCUCAUGACUCCCCCCACUACCCCAGUCAGGCCCCGUGGGUCCGGAGCCGCGACGCAGAUGCAUGCACUCCUCUCUGUGCAACCCCCGCUGUACUUUGACAUCUCGCGGUCACCCGAGGAAAUUCAAGUCUACGCACCUCGGUCUUCGCGGUCCCUUUCGGAGUCGGCAACGCAGCCCGGGACGACCUGUGUGGUCAUAAAUGUCAUCGAUGUCUUCGCAAUCCAAGUCCGCGCUCAGCCCGGUGCAAGCGUUACCGUCGCCGAGGUCCUCAGCCACCUCGCACAUGGGAUGGCCAGACAGGCCGAGCAACACGAAAUCUCCUGCUUCCCUCCUGCAGUGCAGGACCACGUGAUUGCGCGCUGCCAGAUUAGCGUCCACGGCCGAAAGUCGUCCUUCAUCAAGCGCGUCGACCUCCUGGGUCCGCGUGUGAUCUUCGCCGGCCUGGAGGUCACCAAUGUGGCCGCGGGCGUCGUCUAUUGCGACGUGAGGCUCCUCGCUCGAGGCUCCCGCUGA